AUGGUGAGGGUUGUCACAUCAACCGUCGGAAUCUUGAGGUGGCAAUUGAAAGAUGGAAAGAAUGAACAGCAAGAGAGACAUGAACUAAUCCUUGUGUACGAGUAUAUGGUCUAUGGGUCUCUCGACAAUCACCUCAAUGAAACCAACAAAUGUUCACUUAACUGGGAAAAGCGACUUGAGAUUUGCAUUGGUGUUGCAAGAGGACUGCAAUACCUCCAUGCGGGUACAAGGCAACCAAUCAUUCAUUGGAACUUGAAUCCUGCCUAUAUUAUGUUGGAUGAGAAUUGGAAUGCGAAAGUACUACACUGCACUGUAACAACUUCUUCUUCUUCUGGGGCUUCUGGUUGGAGAAGUUGGCCAGAACCUGAGGAGUCCAAGUUAAGAGAGCGAAUCAAUCAUCAUUUUGUCGAAUUUGUUGAUCCUCUAACUUUCCCACAUUUUUCUCGGAGUUCGGUGGUUUACCCAUAUGUACCCAUCGACCGCCGACGCCGUUUGGAAGACAACUUACUUGUAGCAUGGUACACUUAUUCCAUGCCUACAAAGAUAGUACAAGCUACUCAUCGUCCAGAAGAGGCUCAAGGGUAUAGCCCGUCAUUCUUAGCCCAGAAGGCAAAACUUUGCUCUUCUGAUUGGCUCGAUAUCGUCAACAACUCCCAAUUUCCACCUUCUUUCGAGAUAGAAGCUCUUGCGCCUCCUUUUCCACAAAAUCCUCACUGGAUAGAGAAACUGAGACUUACUCUCUUUGAGGACCAGUUUCUCCCCUCUUAUAACCCUUCAUCUCUCCCUACUAAAUAUCAGCGACAAUAA